AUGAAGAAUGCAUUACCCUCACCACUAACAGAAGAGAGAGAAGAAGUGAUGGUUGAUGAGAAAGGCCAUUUGUUAUCAACGACGGGUGAAGCAACGAUUACGUUAGAAGAUGUACUGGUGCUUCUAGGGUUUUCUGUUUUGGUUUCUCCUGUUUUUGCUCCUUUGGAAUGCUCAGAGAUGAGAGAUUCCGCAUAUAAACUCGAGAAAACAAGAGUAAAGAGUAUUGGUUACGCUGGGCGAGUGAACCAAAGAUCAUGGACUUCGAGCUUCUUUGGUAGAGGUCCUCAGAUGGAGCAUGAAGCUUUUCUUGUAUUGUGGCUUUCGCUUUUUGUUUUUCCAGUUAGUACUCGUCGUAGUAUUUCGAGACAAGUUAUCCCAAUCGCUGUUCGUUUAGCUAGAGGUGAAAGGAUUGCUCUUGCCCCUGCUGUUCUCGCAUUCUUGUACAAAGAUUUGGGUCAAGUCUGCGAUUUCGCUAGAGGAACAUAUGCUGGCAAACUUAAUUCCAAGUCUCUGUUUAAGUUAGUACAAGUUUGGACAUGGGAGAGAUUCAGGAACAUAAGACCAGAAGUUAGAGAGAUACCUCAAGGUGAGCCUAGAAUAGCUAGGUGGAGCAAUCUGCAACAAAGGUCUAAGAAUGUGAGAUGGAGUUUUGAUGAUUUUGACUGGCGUCCUUACACUAAACCGUUGAAGAACUGGAACCCACUUCGGUUUUACCUUGAAGAAGCACUGUUGGUGACUGUUGAUGACAAUCUUGAAGAUGAGUUUGUUUCAUUUGCUCGAUGCCUGAGGAGUUCUCAGCUUGUUGGGAUUGAUUUUGUAGAGGAUUACUAUCCUAAUCGUGUUGCAAUGCAAUUCGGGCUGGCUCAAGAUCUGCCUGGUCUGAUUACUCUUCAUAAAAACUUCACAGAAAAGGAGUCUUGGGAUGAUUACAGUAAGUCUCUUGAUGGUUUAGUGCUCUAUAUGCCUUCACGCCUCGAUCGAGGUUCUGUCACUGCGAGGUACCAAGACUGGUGGUUGAAAUCAGUUUCAGACUCUCUAGCUUCUGAAGAGAUGCAGGAAGAAUCAACUGAAGCUUUUAAUGCAAGUAAUACAUUUGAUGUUGUUGAUGAUGAUGAUAUAGAUGUAUCUCCCAAGGUAUUGCCUCUGAGUCAAGUGGUUCAGAAGUUGGAAGAAGGCUUUCCUGCAAAAUGCAGAAGAUCUAGGAUGCGUAGGUUACCAAAGAGAUAUAAGAUAAGUGAGUCUGUGCACAUGACGCGAGCUCGUGAGGAUGAUGAUGAGAGUUCUAUGGAUGAAGAAGAUGAUUACAUGACCGUUCCUCAAUUGAUCAGAUCUAGGAAGAAGUGUAGUGAUGUAGAGAAAACUGGAGGUGAUGCUUCUGAAUCACUUAGAAAAAGAACUAGAAGAUAUAUGGUGGUGGAUAGCGAUGAUGAUUCAGGGUCUUGUGAAAAGCAUGCUUGGAUGGAAGUAGAUCAAAGGAGUGUAGAGGAUGAUGGAACUGCCAAUAAAACUGAGAUUACAAGGCAAACAUGUGAUUAUGUAAAUGGAAGUUAUGGAGAGAGGAAGGCAAUGAUCGAUGAUGCAAUCAAGGAAGCAGAGUCUUGGCUACGUGAAGAUAGAGAAAUGAAGAAGAGAUGCAUUGGAAAGUUUUCCAGUGAAGCUAAAAAGGAAGAAGAUGUUGAUGAAAGAUUGAGGCAGAGAAAGCUUGCAAUAGAGAAGAUAGCAUUGGAGCUGGAGACACGUAUUAUCAAGAUGGAGACGAGUUUGGCAGAGAAUAGAAAAUGGAAAACCAGAGGAAACCAGUCCAAACAUCGGUUUCUGCUUAGCUAGUUUAGUUAUGCCAUUUGAUCUGAAGCUUUUCAAGAGGAUCUCAAUGC